AUGUCGCGUCAAGAAUUAUUAAAUAAUCAUUUAUUUGAAAUGCCACUUGAUUCUACAAACAAACAAGACCGAAUUCAGUUGCCACCUAUUUCUGAAUUGUUUAAAAUAGCUGAUCAAGCAGAAAAUACGGCUAGUUAUCUCUGUCCCCCAACGACCAUUUCUUCACCAAUGAACAUCUAUGAUUUCACAAUAAGAAAAUCUAAACGAAGACUACAUUCCGUAGCAGUGCGUACUCUUAUGGAAUGGUUUAUCAGCCAUUUGAGUUAUCCCUAUCCUACAGAUGACGAAAAAAGACAAUUAAGUGAAGAGACUGGCUUGACUUUGACCCAAGUCAACAAUUGGUUCGUAAGUAAAAGAACAAGAUGCCGCACCCAAUUGAUGUCACACCGAUCAGAAAGUACAGCCAAAUCCAAUAGAACCGACAUGACAGAAGCAUCUCUAUCAUUUCCUUGA